AUGUUGGAUCAGCAGUGUCGGUCCCGUGAGCUCGAGGCUGGGUUCGGCGUCGGAGGUUGUUUCGAUAUCCGUGGUAACGGCGGCGUUGAGCUUGAAGCUCAACAAGAGGGAGCCAUCCCCCAGUCCCUUCAGGUUGAUGAAAGUGCUGUUGGACAGGGUGAAGUACAUGGCUAUCUUGUGCUGUGCCUGCGGCCAGGCUCUCGGGUCGCCCACUUUCUGCUUCAGCUGCAAGCUGCCCGUGAUCACGUCAAAUACCGCGUUGACUUCAGCUACAAUCAAUUCGAGAGGAUCGAGUGA